AAAACCACAACAGCUGUAAGACAGAGGCAAAAAAGAAAGCUUCACUGUGCACUGGUUGUAAAUUGACUUUGUGAGAGAGCAGGACUGUAACAACUUGUUAAAAUGUGCAAAGGAUUAGCAGCCCUACCCCAGACAUGUCUGGAAAGGGCUAAGGAGAUCAAGAUUAAAUUGGGGACACUCCUCCAAAAACCUGAAAAUGCCAUUGACCUUAUUAUCCCUUACCCAGAAAAGCCUGAGAAGAAGCCAGAGAAGUUUCAGAAACCAUCACCAGAAGAAGCACUGCAGUGGCGUGAAUCCCUGGAUAAAGUGUUACUCAACAACUAUGGGCUGGCCACUUUCAGGAGCUUCCUGAGGUCUGAGUUCAGUGAGGAGAACAUUGAGUUCUGGAUGGCCUGUGAGGACUACAAAAAGACCAAGUCCCCAGUGAAACUGUCCUCCAAGGCUAAAAAGAUCUAUGAGGAGUUUAUUCAGAAAGACGCUCCUAAAGAGGUGAACAUUGACCAUUUCACCAAAGAUGUGACCAUCAGGAACCUUGUGGAGCCUUCACAGACCAGUUUUGAACUGGCCCAGAAGAGAAUCCAUGCCCUUAUGGAGAAGGACUCAUUUGGCAGGUUUUUGCGGUCAGAGCAAUAUCAGGAACUGAUAUAGCAAUGUGGUUGGGCUGUGUAAAGCAUCUCAUCUUCCAAAUCUCAGUAAACUUUUCUUAACAUCUCUGACUUCCAUUAUAAUGAAGUGUAAUAUUUUGGUUUCUAGGUUGUUUAUCCAACAGUUUAAAAGCCACUGUUUCCUAUCAUUUGAGUUUUGUUCCAGGUUUGCUUUACACGCAAAUAGUUUUCUUAAUACUAAUUCACAAAAUGAAACAAUGCACACAACAAGCCUAAUCUUAAAACAGGAAUAACUAAACAGUGGUUUUGUAAAGUACACUUACUUUCUAAUCACCCUGUAUAUAGAAAACUACAAAGCGGUAUGUAAUUCAAUAUGUUUACAUUAUUCAGCAGGUUUCAUUCAACUUUAUGAAGCAAUGUUAGUUCAUUUUAUAGGGUGAUGCAAACAUUUUGGCCACAGCUGUAGAUGCUUUCUAGCAUGACAAAACUGAUCAUUUUGUUAUAAUGCCUUUUGCUACACCAUAGUAUAAUGUAUUACACUUUCAGUCCCAGUAGAAAUCUGUAUGUGUUUAUAUACUGGUAUAUAAAAAAAAAAAACAUAAUUCAAUUGGGACAUGAUAAGGAAUGUGGUCCAAAAAUAUGGAUACAUAACCUUAAUCACCUUAAUAUUAAAGUUUCCUGUCUACAACCCGUGUUGGUUCUUUACAACCUCUUCCAACUUGCUUCAAGAUGGCUUUACACAGCCCACAAAAUAUCGCAACAGUGCACUGCUGUUAACCUUGGCCUUCCCUAUAAUACGUGUUUGUCAGUUUCCCUUAAGUACUGUAGUAGUUAUACUAAGUAAUGUGUAUAAAGCAUAAUAUGUGUACAUCAUCAAAAAUAUAGAUUUUCCUGUUUUUCAAAAAUUCUGUUUGAAUUAUACAAUAAAACAAUAUUGUCAAAAUCCCUUAGUAAACAAGCUUAAUGCUUCCAAAGAUCUAGUUCAGGAACGGUAUGGUAACCACUUUAAAAAGUCAGCAUUCUAUAAACCUAUUCUAAUGCACUAUUCAUCUCUUCAGUUAAUUUAACAGCUGUCAGGUAUUCCAUUACGUAUUCCAGACACAGUGUUUUAAUCACAAAAUAUCUUACAUGUUUACAGAAUUGGUUGCCCUUUAUUCAAAUGAAACCAGUGCUAAACAAUGCCCCUCAUUCUUAAUAGAUACACUUAACAUUUGAAAGGUUGUGUUGGGGAGGAUGAAUGGUAAAUGCAAUUCCUAUUUCAUAUUUGGGGAAACUCACUUAAAAUAUUCUAAUGCAAAACUAAAGCAAUCAGCUGUAUACCAAGAAAAACUGAACUUUUUAAAGUUCAGGAAACCUCACAGUAAACAGACAAAUUAGAAUGACCUUUUCAUGAAAACAAUCUCAAGCAGCAGCAAACCAAGCCUCAAGCCAUACCGGUACUAUGCCUGGGAAAGUUUCAGAUUUUCUUUGCAGAUUUGCUAAGUGGUUUCACAAUCACCACUAAAGCGCAAGUGGAUAUGUUGGGAAGUUUGAGUAGGAGUGGAACUAAAUCAAAAUUGUACUAGUCCGUUGAAGUUUAUCCUUUAAAGUAAUGAAUGGCAGAGUGUGCUAUCCGGGCUCAGGUCCAAAUCCUUCCAAAUCCUUUAUUUACAGGUAAUUAAAUGCAUUUCCUUACAAAUUACAAUAAUAAUUAAGUAGGGAUGUAACGUUACCUCCAUAGUUUAGGAUUAAUCAAACAUGUUUCUAAUAAUAGAUAUGACCACAUUAGGCUACAGUCCAGUUCACACGUGUUGGCUUCAUUUCGGUCCAUAAACAACUAUUCGUAUCUUAAGCAAAACCUCAAUAAUUCAAAUGCUGUUGCUAUCACCCAUGUUAUUGCAGUCUACUGAGCGCUUUCACCUCUGGGCCUUGCUGCUGUUGUUAAAUGAAUAUCAAACAUUUAUGAGUUCAAUCUUUGUGAAGGGUUCCCAAGUGGCUCACCUUGUAAAAGCACAGACGUGUGGUGUACAGGGUGAGUCAUACUGCGCAUGCUCGCUGGGGAUUCCCAAGGGAGCGUCACAUUGGCUCUGGUGCUCCUGUGGGUUAGGGAGGCAAAACUAGCAAGGACUGUUUCUCCUCAUCGCGCUACAGCAAACCCUGCUGGCCAGGCACCCAAUGAGCUCAAAAGCAGACACUUGCAGGGCUGGUCUUUGUCCUCCAGAGGUUAGUAGCUUGCUGAUAUCCGCUCUCAAGUUCCUGGGUGUAAAAGAGGAAGCUGUCUCGGUGGUGGGAUCAGAGGAUGUCCACUGAACCUUCAAAAUGGGUAGAAAAUAGGGGUAACAUAAUUGGGCACACUAAAUUAAAAAUGUAUAAUAAUUGUCGUGAACAGGGCCUUUGUGAAUAGGGUGAUGAUCUGUCUAUGGAAUAAAUUUUUAUGCUAUUGACUGCUAUUUUAAAAAACACACUUAUAUAUGCCUUUUUGUUUAAUGUAUUGCCCACUUAAAAAAUAUACUAUGACAAAUGUAAAUUUUAAAAAAAUCUGCUUACAGUACUUAAUGUCUACUACAUAUAUAUAUAUCCAACACAUAUCUUUAUGUCAAGAAAAUAAACAUUCCAUUUCUUUAUUUCUUUCUUUCACUGUUUUACCAAUAUAUAAUAGACCUGUAUGUUAACCUAUGUAUUAAAUAUAUUAUGUUAUGCAUGUGUGUUUUUAUUUAUUAUUGCACAAGGUAUAAAUCAAACUUAAAACAUAGCAUUGACUUCAAUUAAGUGCUUAUUGCCAUCUCAUUAAAAAGGAAACACUGGGGGCUCCCGAGUAGCGCAUCCAGUAAAGGCACUCCGCGUGGAGUGCAGGAUGCACCCUAUAGCCUGGACAUCGCUGGUUCGAGUCCUGGUUAUUCCUUUGCCGACCGAGGACAGGAACUCCCAGGGGGCAGCGCACAAUUGGCCGAGCACCACCCAGGGGGAGGGAGUGCUAGAUCAGCCAGGGUGUCCUCGGCUCACCGUGACCAGCGACCCCUGUGGUCUGGCCAGGCGCCUGCGGACUUCCCUGUAAGCUGCCCAGGGCUGCGUUGUCCUCCAACGGUGUAGCUCUGGGUGGCUGCACAGUGAGUCUGCAGUGUGCAAAGAAGCGGGCGGCUAAUGGCACACACUUCAGAAGACAGCGUGUGUUUGUCUUCGCCCCUCCCGUGUCAGCACAGGGGUGGUAGCAGUGAGCUGAGCCCAAAAAUAAUUGGACACUAAUAAAUUGUGCAGAAAACAAUACAAAAUAAUUGGUGACUACUAAAUUAAAAAAAAUAAAUAAAUAAAAAAGUAAAAAUAAACAAAUAGCCAGAAAUUAAUUGUAGAAGAUGCAGUUAUUUGACAGCCCGCCCUAUCUAUAUAAGAAAGAUUUGGCGAAUUAAUAGAAACAAUACAUUCAAAAGACUGCAUUAUAACUGGAAUGCACCCAAAAGAAAUACAAAAAUGUAAAUGCCUAAUUAUGUAAUCCCAUUAAAAGACAAUAGUAUUUCAGAACACAAAGACAAUUAAAGACAAUUAUUAAAAUACAAAAAUAAUAGUGCCCUGAUCCAAUUGCUACCCUUUUGGAAUCAAAACCAUCCCCCAAGACAAUAAAUGCAAAUAAGGACUUAUUGGGUCAAUGCUGAAACUGUUGUAUGACACCAUAUGCAUGUAAUUUCUAUUGUAGUCAACAAUAUAAAGUUGUAUUAAUACCAUCAUUUCUGCAAGAUGUAUUUAUUUAUUUAUGAUAUGUAAAAGUGCAUCCUUAAAGUAACACUCCUGUGAAGUCGUAAUAUAAACUGUUUAAUUUAAAAGAUGCAAAAAGAAAUAAAUCAAGUCUAUGUUACCAUA